UUACUCAGUUUCUUGUCUUUCACAGUAAAUAAGAUAUAAAUGUUAUCUAUAUAGGUUGAGCCCUCCAAACUUCCUUACAACUAUGGCUACAGCAGUCCUAUGCACACGUACCGGAAAGGCCCAUAUUGAAUGCAGUAAACAUGCAUAGCAUUAGGCUGCACAGGCUUGAUUUCACACAAAGAGUUCAGUUAAGAAUGAUAAUCUAUGUUCAGAAGCCUGGAAUGGAUUUAGUGUAUGCGUUUUUCCUCUCCCAGCAUUUGCUAUGCAGGAGGAUGGUAUGAGUACUACUGUACUAACACUUCACAGUUUGAUAUGAAAUCCAUCGGUGAAGAGUCCUUUCAUUUCCACUGGCUGCACCAUACAGGUUACAUGUAAAGCAUCUUUUUAAGGUAUGUGUCCUGUUUAAGUGCAUUGGCUGCUGGAAAAUAGUACUAGGUCAUAUACUAGAUCUCCCUCUCAAAGCAUUUUUAAAAGCCCCAGGCAUUUUAAUGAUGACCAGCUUCCAAAAUCAAGCAAGCAUAUUGAAUAUUGGGUUUUUUUCUUAAGAAUUUUGCUCUUGGAAGAGAGGAAGAAGAUUAGUGCUUUAACAGAGGAAGAAUAAAUUGGGUAAAGGAACAUAUCGUCUCCCUCCUUUCAUGGAUGUUUAGUAGGCAGAAAUACUUCAUUUGGGCGGGGGGAUGGGAAGUAAAGUACCUGGUAGAUUUUUAGACCAAAAAUAAUUACGUAUCCCCUGUUUUCUAAACUGUAGGCAGUUCAUGCAAAAAAUAUUUGUCAGGCUUCACAUCCGUAAGGAAUAGUUCAUCAUUGUCAAAUCCCCUUCCUCUUCAUUUCCUCGCCUCGCAUAGUUUCUUAACCUGCCAGACAGUUGCAGGGCCAAGAGGGGCUGAGCCACCUGGCGGCACAGAGGAAGGGCACAAGGAUGAACCGAUUAGCGAGAAGAAUGAGCGUCGGGACAGAGCUAUCUCCCAUUGGCCAGUCGCGUUGCUAUGGAAAUGACAGACGCUGUUGCGGUACUGCGUGGGAACCAUUGCUUUUUUCUAGAGCAGGUAGCUUUUUCCAAACCCUUACAGUUCUCGGGCGGCGAGCGGGAUGAUCUGCUCUCCCUCGGACUCUUAACUCAGAGCAGAAAACAGAAGCCUCUACGAAUUCCCAUGCUCACAUGCGUCUCCUCUUUUUACCUCUUUUACCUCUUCCUAUGGCUGCCAGGACUUAACCUCUCUGCAUUUCUUUCAGUAUUGUGGAUGGCAUUCUGGUGAGGUAAUCAUAAGAGUGCCUCUGAGGAAUGGCAGAGUACAUUUCCUCACGCAACUAGAAUUAACAGUAUUUCUGUACAACCAGGCAAAGUCUGUCUCCAAAAACAUUAGCCUUUGCAUUAGACUCAGAUUUUUCUAGACCAUCUGUUUUUAGCACACACAAUGGCCAGCAGAAAGAAGGAAUUAACUUUGCAGAUGGUUGUCAGUAAUCAGGAACUUUGGGAAGAAAUGCUGUGUUCCAAAGGAUUAAUUGUAGUAGAUGUUCAUCAAGGCUGGUGUGGACCAUGUAAAACAGUAGUAAACCUCUUCAGGAAAAUAAGAAAUGAGCUUGGUGGUGACCUCCUGCAUUUUGCUGUGGCCGAGGUAGAUUCAAUUGAUGCUCUAGAGAAGUAUCGUGGAAAGUGUGAACCUACAUUUCUGUUUUAUGCUGGGGGAGAGUUAGUAGCAGUUGUAAGAGGAGCAAAUGCACCAUUGCUACAGAAAACCAUUCUGGAGCAGCUAGAGGCAGAGAGGAAGGUCCUGGAGCAUGGAACAGAAAGAGUGGUGAUUCAGGAUGAGGCCUUCCCUAUGGAAGAAGAAAGUAGUGUUACUGGGGAAGAGGAAGGGGAAGAGGAGGAGGAAGAAGAAGAAGAAAAAGAAAAAGCUGAAGAAGGUGAAGCAGAUUAAUUCACCCAUUUAUCUUCUGAGAUUGGCUUUCUAGAUGCCUUUGGAAGCGGAUAAGAAACAUUAGAGAAAAAAUUUCCUUUUACAGGAGAGUGAAAGAGAAGGAUAAACAUGUCACCCGUAGAUUAUGAAUUGCCACAGGCAGCACAAGUGUGGUUUGUGGAGAAGUGAUAUACAAGUGUUAGGAAAAUCUUGUUACCAGUCUAGCUAGUAGUGCAUGUUGCAGCUAUAUUGUUGAGUAAGGUGGCUGUUAUAAAUCCAUGUUUUGUUCAACAUUUCAGUUCUUAGUAGGGUGAUCAAAUUAAGCACUCCUUUAACAUAGGAUAAUUGCUGAAUUAGUCACUUGUUAUGGCAGUAUUUUUGACAGAUUAUCACAUAUGCAUAUUCAGGGAACAUUAUAUUUAGGGAUAUAAACAUGUGGAUGGAGAAAAGAGAAAAAGAUUGUGCCUGCUGCACCCACCCACCCUCGUGUGUUCGGAGUUGCAAACAGAGCCCAUGUGAAUACAAAUUAUGCACACAUUAAGCUUGGUGGUUCACAGUAUCAGAGCUGUUCACAUACGUGUGUGUGUGUGUGUGUGAGAGAGAGAGAGAGAGAGAGAGAGAGAGAGAGACAGACCACUCCUCCUGUACAAUACUGCUCGGGGCAGCUCACAACAGUAAAACAAUAAAAGUAAUAUACAAUUUGACACAAUAAAACAAAUAAAACACAAGGAAGAAUAAAAAUAAUUAAAACAAACCGAAAUAAAAUAAAAUAAAAUAACCAUCAGGCUAUAGUAAAACACAUUAAGGGGGUUUGCCGGGAACGAGCGCUUGACCCGCUCUCCCCGCAGACGAGCAGAGAGCCCUCCCUGGGCAGCAAUUACUAGCUACGUCAAGGAGCCGGGAAUUGCCAGAACCUAAGGGGUAUACUUGUGGGUCAAAUGGGCCGUAAGCCAGAAUUUUGCUAAAAAAGCCAAAUCUGGCCACUCAGGCCAGUUGGGGUAGUGGCUGGGUUUGGGCACCUCCCAGCCCCCCGUAAGUCCCAGAAUGACCUGGUGCCGAUGUCAUCAUUAUUCUAUCUCCACCACUCUGCUGCCUUUCGGGCUGUCCCUGCCCAUCCCCCAGCGGUUGUUGCCUGCCUCUCUGAGCCCUUCUUGGCUUCUGCAAGGGAAUUGCUGGGAUUGUCCCGGCAACUGGAGCCCUCUGCCUCUCUCGGCACACCAGGUACACCAUUGUUUAACUAGGUAAACAACACUGUCUCACGGAGGAGAGGAGAGAAGCCCGACACGAUCCAGGGACAUUUUCUAGUCUCCUGUAUCGAUGCCACUUUUAUGAGGUCCACGAGACAUUUUCUUGUCUCCCGUUUCCUUUUGUAUCAUGUAUCUCAGAUUGUACGCUGUCAUUUUAAACUGUGAAUCGCAUGAAGUGCUUUGGCAGAAAGGCAUAUAAAUGAAAUAAAUUAAGUAAACAAACCUACUGCAGCAAGAAAGCUGACAAUUGGGGCUUUUGGCAUGCUGAAGGAUUGGAUCACUACAGUGAGGCAGUCUGUCAAGAAUACUGCCAUAACAAGGAUGUCUGUGUUUCAGCUGUUAUCCUACACUGGACAAUUUUUCAAACAUCUUGUUAGUGCCCAGUGUGGGCAGACCACAAGCGGUCAGGCUUAACAGUACCAGUUAUCAGUCCAAGACCAAGGGGCCAGAAGCAAGUAAUGUGGUCUGAGGCAGAUGUGGAUUAAGUUAUAGAGCAGCAGUCAAAGGGGCAAAAGGAAAGUAAUACAGUCUUAAGACAGAUGAAGCCUAGUUUGACAGGCAGCAACCAAAGCUCUGAAGGGCCAGAGGAAGAUGAUGUCGUUCCAGGGAGGCAGGUUUUAAAAGGCAGCCAGGCUGGAUUUCACAGGUCUACAAAAGUGCUCACACUGGAGAGUCAAGCUUGAGGCAGGAGUUAUAUAUGACCUGCAGGGCAUUUAUUGCCUCUCCAGAUCACCUGAUCCUGCAGGGCUGACAAGCUGCAGUUUUCCUCCCAGCCAUUAUCAGGGUGGUGCUGUAGAGCAGCAAGGGCCAAGCUAGCACUUUCCUCCACCAUGGUGGUGCAGAGAGCAAAGCACCUGGGCUCUGCUGUCAGUUUUACCAGUUCAAGUUAACUGGUGCUGUUGAGGUAUCUUAUUUAUUUUUAUUUAAAUUCUAUACUGCUUUUCCACAAAGAAGCCAAAGCACUUUACAGCCAUUAAAAGCAAACAAAAAAAAAUGUUGAAAAUUUUCAUGUAUAAAGCAGUAACCCACUGAGAACCUCUGGAGCAAAAGAGGGAGGCUGAGCAGGUGGAAUUCAUUCAGCCCAUGAUGGUCAGGUCUUUCCUUGCAAGCAAUUGCCAGGUAGCAGCUCUUACUGAGGACCUGUCAGGCAUGGGAGUGGGGCUGAUCAUGGGGAAUUCAUUAAUGGAAUUAAAUAAUGAACAGAAUUGUAAAUCCAUUUUGUGAACCUAGUAGGAAUAGAGAUAUUUAUCAAAAUGUGAGUUCAUAACAGCCAUCUUGGAUUUCAUUAUGAUGGCUAAAAUAUUACACUACUUGCUAAACUGACAACACAGCUUCUUAUAGUGUAGUCUACCUCUGUCUGAAAUGUUUGCUGCUUGGGGCAAUUAGUUGACUACAACAACCAAUUCAAGUAAACUGGUUCAUCAGACUCUUACAUAAUUCAUGUCUAUUUCUGGUGUUGCUUUUCUCUUUGAUUACUGUUUUAAUAAAGAAAUUUAUUUAUUUUUUGCAUUGUCA